AAGGGGGGCGUCGCCCCUCCAGGCCCAGUCCGCCUUGGGCCCCGACGAGGGGGCUGCUCCUUCCAGCUCCGCUCUCGGGGGAAAAGGGGGGUGGAAUUGGGGUCGCCCCCCAAAAAACAAACCCUUUCGAUCACUGUUUGUGGGGAUCUAGAUCUGAGUCCAUUGGAGGAGCUUGUGUUGCACGUGUGUGUGUGUGUGUGUGAGAGAGAGAGAGAGGUGGGUUUUUUCCCCGUAAUUGCAAGGUGGUUGUUUUUGUUUUGGUUAUGUAUUUCGUGGUUUUGGUUUUACUCCGUGGACCGCCGUCAGACCUCCGGGUAGAGGGCGGUAUAUAAAUUCAAUAAAUAAUAAUAAUGAUGAUGAUGAAAUGGUAAAGAAAAGGUAAUAAUGAUAAUGACGAUAAUGAUAAAAGGUAAGAAAAAUAAAAGGUAAAGAAAAGUUAGUAAUAAUAGUAAUAAUGGUAAAGAAAAGAUGAUAAUAAUGAUGAUGAUGAUACACGUCAGUUGAUGCUGCUGCCUGUCAGUGUCGUGUUGGGGCUCUCCUUUAAGGCCUGCUGGAAUGUAACUUAUGGUAGAUAUUCCCUUCAAACACAUCCGUUCACAUUCGUUUGCUCCAGGAAAGAGCUGUGACUGGAAAUUGGAGAAAAACACCAAAGUCUUGCAAGACCUUAAACAUGGGACAGCUUCAUUAUGGGAGAAUCCCUUGCAGAACAGAGCCCAAUCAGACGCAUAGUGCACCCUGAACUAUAUGCGCAAAAAAAUGUGUACGUACCAUGUUGCUGUUGGUGGUGGGAGUUAAGAGUGGGACCACAAGGCCGCAAAAUGCAAUAGGCAGCGGUAGGUCUGUGACACAGAGAUGCAUCUCCUGUGUCCAAGAGCUGCUGUUGCCUCUGUCUUCAUAGCAGCUGUGCACUUGCUGGCUUAGAACAGCCCUUCCUGCAUCUGAAAAGUAGCUCUUGUCCUUUGAAACUUUUAUUACAGAAGGCCUGUUGGUUUUUAAGGUGUCGCAAGACGUAUGAGUGUGUGUGCCUGUUAACUGAAGACUUCUCCCUGAUGACACAGUUUGGCCAGAGAACAAACGCCUUCCCAUCAGAUGUCAAGGAAAUAAACAACUAUCUGACUUUUAGAAGACAUUUGAAGGCAGCCCUGUUUAGGGAAGCUUUUAAUGUUUGAUUCUAUUUUUAAUAUUCCAUUGGGAGCUGCCCAGAGUGGCUAGGGACACCCAGCCAGGUGGGCGGAGUAUAAAUAAAUAAAUAAAUUACUACUACUACUACCACUACAAAGUAAAGAGUUGAGAAAAUCAAGGGUUGUCAAUGAGGUGUUGUUGUUUUUGUUGGGUAGGGUAAGCAAAAUAGCGCAAAUGGUGGUAAAACCUCUGCAGUGUGUCGACAUGAGUGGCAGAUUUUCUUACCUGGGUCUGAUAUAAAGCAGCACGUAAUUACUGGCGCUAAAUUCCAGGUGCUCAUCAAACUUUGCUUAAAUGACACACACGAAAAUAUCAAUGGCUUAACGUAAUACUCUUCUGUCUGAUUUUGUCCGCACACAAAAAACAGGUGGGGGUGGUGUUGUGUAACAAACACAUUUUUCCGGGGUAUUAAAAAAAAAACUCAUUUUACAAGCUUAAGGCUGCAGAGGAAAACCAGAAAAUACAGCCGUGUUCCACACCUGAAACCUGGUGCUCUAAAGGCAGUACUGUAUAGAAGUAGUAAGCCCCCAGGGGGACGUAUGCUGUCUGGUCAGUGAUGUUGCCAGGACUUUAGAGCAGGCAGAAAAGAAAGACUGCUUCAUACCUGAAGUACACAAAAGUGCUUAGAAGACAAGAGGCCGCCACUAGAAGUAGGUUGUUUCUGUAUCCUUCAGAGCCAAGGACAAAAGAAAAACUUGUGCAGCCUUUAGGGAUGGUUAGAGGUUUCAACAUUAGACUCAAGGGGCAAAUCCACAAGUGAUUUACCUGUACAUAGCCUGUUGCAGAUGAACGCAACCGAGUUCUUUAUUUCUUAAUACAGCGUGUAAACCGUUUUCUUAUUGAUUUGCUUUUCUGGUUCUCUUCCUCUCUCAUUGGCACAGGUUUUUGAAAGAAUUCAAUUUCAAAAUUGUAAAUUUUUCGAGGUGUCUGUGGAUAGCUCAGUCAGUAGAGCAGGAGACUCUUAAUCUCAGGGUCAUGGGUUUGAGUUCCACGUCAGGCAAAGGUUUCCAACUCCACAAUCCUAUGAUUCUGUGAAAUUCUUUGGAUACAUUUAUAAACCCCGAAUACAUGAUGUUAAUGGGGAAGUUUAAAGUGGACUUCUCGCCUUUGCUGCUUUUGAUUGAACACCCCGCCCUCCCCCCCUUCAGCAAUAUGGGCUGGGCAGUGAACACAGCUAAUCUGCUUCCAGAGAAUGCAGAUUCUGGUGCUUUCCUCUGUACAUUCCCACUUCUGGCUUUAUGUUUUAGCAUUAACUGAUAGAAAUAGUGUGGCUGUUUCUUUAAGAUGAAGAACUGUUAAAAGUUGAUGAUGUCUUUUGAACCUUGGAAUCUGUGCUUAACACGCUGGAUUGGAAUUCGAACCCUUUGUCCCAAGACUGAUUCAAGGCAACCCUAUGCAUGUUUACUUGAAUGUAAGUCUUAUUUAGACUUAUUUAGAAUUGCAUUGUUUUGUGUGUGUGAGAAAAACCAAAACAAUAUCUAAAAUUAUUUAUUGUGUCUUUCAUCUUUGUGCAGAGAAUGCUAUGAGGAAUUUACAGUAACGUCUCUUGGGACUAAUUUGUCUGGAAAUGCUUCUCUUUAAAGUUGCUUUGACACUAGAAAACGCCCGCUGCAAAACGGCUUGAGUUUACAAGGUGAUGGGCUCAGAGAACAGCGCUUUAAAGCGUGAUGCGUUGCAAGAGCCUCCAUUUACUUUACCCUCUGGAGUCAAUAUUUACCCAGCGGUACUGCAGCGUGGCAAACUUGCUUCUGUGUUUGUGUACAAGAGAGAAAAUGAAGACAAUGUUAACAAAGCUGCCAAGCACCUGAAAACUUUACGCCACCCUUGCCUCCUGCGCUUCCUUUCUUGUACUGUGGAAACAGAUGGGAUCCACCUGGUUACAGAGCGCGUUCAGCCACUGGAGAAAGUACUGGAGACCCUCUCUUCUCCAGAGAUAUGUGCUGGUAUCUAUGAUGUUUUGCAGGCGCUUGUCUUCCUCCAUGAUAGGGGACACCUGACACACAACAAUGUUUGCCUAUCUUCUGUAUUUGUGAGUGAAGAUGGGCACUGGAAACUAGGAGGCAUGGAAACUGUCUGCAACCAGAGUGAAGCAACAGCAGAGUUCCUGCAUAGUAUCAAGACAAUACGGGAGAAGACUGGCAUUCCCCCUGAAGAACUGUCUGAAGACUUCCAACUUCUUCCUGACGGCCAAGGGCAUUCCCGCGAUGCCUACUCGUUUGGUGUAAUGGUUGAAAACCUGCUGACUUUUUUAAAUGAAGAGGUUUCAGAGGAUGUUAUAUCAAGCUUUCACGACACCUUACGGUCUACUUUGCUGAACCCAGAUUUUAUGGGCCGCUCUCCGCUGUCCAGUUUAUUGUUGCAUGAAUUCUUCAGAAAUGAUUUCCUGGAAGUUGUGAGCUUUCUGAACAGUCUAACGCUGAAAACGGAAGAGGAGAAAACUGAAUUUUUCAAAUUCCUGCUGGACAGAGUGGCUGGCUUGUCAGAAAAGUUGAUCGCUUUGCGGUUGGUACCCCUGUUGCUCAAUCAGCUUGUGUUUGCUGAGCCAGUAGCUGUCAAGAGUUUCCUUCCCCAUCUCCUUGGUCCAAGAAAAGAUAAAGUGGGCGAGAGCCAAAUCAAUGGCCUGCUGUCUCCAGCUGUGUUCCAGGCGCACGUCAGCCCCGCGUUGCUGAAACUGUUUGAGGUGCAUGAAGAGCAUGUUCGGAUGGUGUUGCUGUCUCACCUAGAUGCCUAUGCGGAGCUGUUCACGCAGAAAGAGCUGAAAAAUGUAAUAUUGCCACAGGUUUUACUGGGGCUGCGAGAUACCAGCGACUCUCUGGUGGCUGCAACGCUGCAAAGCUUAGGCGUCCUGGUUUCACUGCUCGGACCAGAAGUUGUCGUGGGAGGCGACAGGACAAAGAUCUUCAAAAGCUCGGCACCAAGCUUCACGAAAACCACAGACUUUUCCCCAGAAGACUCUCCUAAUCAUGUAGUAAGUUGCCAGAGAAGGCUGAUUUAUCAGCCCUUGCAGAAGAAUAACUCUAUGUUUCUCAAGUGCCCAAGCUCUGGGAAUCUUCCCUUCAGUAGCAGGAACCAUGUGCCAAGGCAAGAUUCUAAUGUCGCCUUAAGGGAAGGAGAACAAGACUCUCUGCACUCAAGCAAUGUUCCUGGUGGAUUAAAUAUAUUGAGGAAUGGUGGAAAUUACCAGCAUGCAGUUGAGAAGAUAGGAGAGGAAUGGCCAGACUGGAGCGAGUGUGAAAAGCCAGAGGCUGACAAAAGUGUAGUAGAGAGCCAAAGGAAAGAGUUUUGUGUCAACAGCAGCCCCUGUCUUGCCGGUCAUGAUGUAGACGGCAAAUCUUGGGACGGUGCAGCUGAUAGCUUUAAACUCCCCUCAGGAAAAAGCCUCACUGCUGUAGGGUUAAAUGAUAUCGCAGAGCUGCAGCUGCCUCCAACUAUGUUUGAGAUCAGAAAAGAAUUCAGAACUCUCAAAUGUAAUCCAUCUCCGGGACCCAGCACCAAUAGUGGCAGCUACGGCCACAGGGACCACCAGGAAGACAAAAUCGGUUUGCCCAAAGCAGCACUUUUAGAGAAGCCUCCCAAGUUGGAAUGUGGUUUAGGGGAGGAGUAUAUGAUCCAGGUGAAGAGGAAAGAGUCGCAUGACACAGAGCUGGACUGGUUUGCUGACAUGGUCCCGGACAUCAAACCUCCGUCAGCACUACUGAUUCUGCCAGAGCUAGGGCCCCAUCCUGUCAUUCAGAACAACUUUAACACAGUCUCUGGCAGCGAAUGCGAUGCACAGUUCUCUUCUAAAUUUGCAGCAGCUGAAAUUACAGAGGUGGAUGUUGGCUGGGAACAAGAUGAGCUGAACUGGGAAGAUGAUGCCAACUGGUGACAGAUAAAAGACAUUGAGCUGUGUUCUAAGUUAGAUAGCUGCUUCUGCAAUGCCCUGGACAAAUCUUGCCCCUCCAAAGGCACCAAGGCCUCACAGGUAUCUUCAAAGUCCGUUCAGGUGCUUGCCUUUUCCACCUGCAGCAUUUAGGCCACAAUGACAAUUCAUGCAGCCAGCCCUGUGCGCUUGGAAAGAGGGAUAGGCUGUGUGGUCUGAUAUAUUUUUCCACCAACCAUUACUGUUUAUGGAAAACUAGGAAAAAUAAAUGGACAAUUCACUGGUUAAAUGCUUGUGUAAGCUAUUUUUUAUGAGAAAUCUAGACUUUAAAAGUGCUUACAUUGAUUCAACAGGUAGAGGUGCGAGAGAUUCUAGGCUGUCUUUUACAAAGCUAUGUUUUUGUACCGUGUGAGAAGCUGUGAACUUAAAUUAGGGGAGAGUAGCAUCACAGCAAAAAUUAGUUCUCACAGUUUAGUUUCCAUUACAUGUUUGUAAUGCUCUUGGUAACCAAAAGAGGCAGGCUGAAGUCAAAGGAAAUGGCAUAGAAAAAAUGUAUUUUAAUUCUGUGUUCAAUUACUUAAAGCUUCGCUCAGUAUCUUCACUCUUCAAGCCAAUAAGACCCUGUAAACCUUUACAAACCGACUAUACAACAUGCUUACUCUAAAAUUACCACUGGGCUGCACUUUGUUUCUUUGGCUUUGAGCUGUGAAUCUGGUGGGACUGCAGUCUGCAGUACUGAAGUCACGCAAAAGGUUGCAUUAAAUUAUCAACUUGUGCUGUU